UCAUUUCCGGGUCACAUAUUUCUGUUGUUGCUAAAAUUUACGGAAUGUUCUUGAACACUUCCAAGGAAAGAGUUCUUUCUCCAGCGGAGAGCUGUGGAACCAGCGACCAUCAUGCGGAGGAUGUCGGAGGACAUACAGCCCGCGGGGGAUCGGAGCUCCUGGAUAUCCAGCUGGCUUCCCACGUGGUGCCCGACGUCCCCAGCUCAGCUGAGAAAUGCAGAGGAGAAGAUGCUCAAAACUGUCCAGCGGCCGUAUUCCAGGCAGCAUGUCCGGAUCUCCAAUGGGAAUAAUCUGUGGACAAUCGCCUUCUCCACCCAUCUCCUGCCCUCCUCGCCGCCACCACUCAACUGGCCCCCUGCUCAGUCCAGGACUCCCUUGGUCCUGCUUCAUGGCUUCGGCGGCGGGCUGGCCCUUUGGGCCCAAAACCUGGAUGCCUUCUCCAGCCGUGGACCAGUCUACGCCCUGGACCUGCUGGGCUUCGGCCGGAGCAGCCGCCCCCAGUUCAGCACAGACCCCGGAGAAGCUGAGGAGCAGUUUGUGACGUCGCUGGAGGAAUGGAGGGAGAAGGUGGGCCUGGAGGAGAUGAUGCUGCUGGGACACAACCUGGGAGGAUACCUGGCUGCAGCUUACACGCUCAAGUAUCCCAACAGGGUGAAGCAUUUGCUGCUGGUGGAGCCGUGGGGAUUCCCAGCACGGCCAGAAAACCCCAACCACUACUCCAUCCCGGUGUGGAUCAGAGCGAUGGGCGCCAUCAUGAGCCCCUUCAACCCUCUGGCUGGUCUGCGGCUGGCCGGUCCUCUGGGUCCCAUGUUGGUACAGACCAUCAGGUCAGACUUCAAGCAGAAGUACUCGUCAGUGUUGGACGACAACACCGUCUCUGACUACAUCUACCACCUGAACGCCCAGACUCCCAGCGGAGAGACGGCCUUCAGGAACAUGACCAUCCCCUAUGGCUGGGCAAAGAGGCCCAUGCUGGAGCGGAUCCACCAGGUCCAAGCCCACAUCCCCAUCUCCUUCAUUUACGGGUCCCGGUCCAGCAUCGACAGCAGGUCGGGAUGUGCACUUAAGGAAACCCGGCCAGAGGUUGGGAUCACGGUGAUCAGAGGAGCUGGUCACUACGUUUUUGCUGACCAGCCUGAAGACUUCAACCAAACAGUUCUUCAGAUGCUCGCCAAGACGGAGGAAAAGCGAAGCUGAGAACCAAUCUCAACUCACGAGCACAACAGUACGCCUCCUCAUCAUGCACUUUACUCCCAUGAGCACCCGUCACUGACUGGGAACGCUGGGCUUGCUGUUCCACACUCCCUAGAACUUGGGUCCAUGUUUCCUUUUUUUCUCUCUCUGUUCACGUCAAACAUUUUGUAAAUAAAAGGGAAAUGUCA